AUGAAGUAUCCCCCUGCUUCUCAGAGUAAAUCUCUGCUAGAUAUGGACGUAGCUAACUACUGUGAAGGCCUGGACCCCUCGUACAGCACGCUGGGCUUUGAGAACGCAGAGGUGCUCUAUGGAGGAGGAGACAGCAUGCCGACAGAGCCGAGCCUACCCGGUGCAGACGGGGUGAGCAGUAACUGUGCCAUCUGUGGAGACAAAGCCACAGGGAAACACUACGGAGCCUCCAGCUGUGACGGCUGCAAAGGCUUCUUCAGACGCUCUAUUCGCAAGAGCCACGUCUACACCUGCAGGUUCAGCAGACAGUGCAUCGUGGACAAAGAUAAGAGGAACCAGUGUCGAUUCUGCAGACUCAACAAAUGCUUUCGAGCUGGCAUGAAGAAAGAAGCCGUACAGAACGAGAGAGAUCGGAUCAGCUCCCGGAGAAGUAUCUCUGACUCCCAAGACCUGCCAACCAUCACUAUUCUGGCCCAAGCUGAAUCCCUCUCCCAACAGAUCACGACUCCUGUUGGAAUAGGCAACAUAUCAGAGCAGAAAUCAGCCACUGCUGGUGACAUCUGUGAUUCAAUGAGACAACAGUUAUUGGUGUUGGUAGAGUGGGCCAAAUAUAUUCCUGCCUUUGGAGAGCUGCCUCUGGAUGACCAGGUCAGCUUGCUCAGGGCUCACGCCGGUGAACACCUCUUGCUCGGGGUUGCCAAAAGGUCAAUGCCAUAUAAGGACUUCCUGCUUUUAGGUAAUGGUUGUGUGAUACACAGGAACAGCCCUGAACCAGAGAUCUGUCGAGUAGCCAACAGAGUGCUGGACGAGCUGGUUCAGCCCUUCCAGGAUAUUCAGAUCGACGAGAACGAGUACGCUGCACUCAAGGCCAUUGUCUUCUUUGACCCAGAUGCAAAGUCUUUGCGGGACCCGUCCAAGAUCAAGACCAUGCGUCUGCAGGUUCAGAUGAGUCUGGAGGACUACAUUAACGACCGUCAGUACGACUCCAGGGGUCGUUUCGGAGAGCUGUUACUCCUGCUGCCCACCCUGCAGAGCAUCACCUGGCAGAUGAUCGAACAGCUUCAGUUCAUUAAGCUCUGCGGCCUGGCCAAGAUAGACAACCUGCUGCAUGAGAUGCUGCUGGGAGGCCUGACGUCAGACCCCGCACACCCGCACCACUCAGCACACACACAGCUGGCCCAGGACCCUCUGACUGGACACACACUGGUCAUCAGCGCCAUGCCUGUCGCUCACACUCCUCUGAUAGCCUCUCCAGACACUCCCAUCCCAUCGCCCCCUCAGGGUGCUGCCGCGGAGAAGUACCAACCUUUUCCCCAGCCCCUCUGUCCUCCAACCAGCCCGCCGUCCUCCACGCAGACAGACCCCUGAGCUCAGUGGGAUCAGUUUCUGUGUCUCUGCUCUCUGUGGUUAGUCUUUACCCUGGUUGUUGCAAUAACCGGGGCGUAAUUAAAGUUGCUGUGUGCGGCACUUUCAAACUUCAAUAUGUCACUUUUUAAAUUCACUGAGCUAAUGAAACACCACACUUCACUUCAACAGAACAUUCUGUGGUCUCUGAACUGUUUUACAACUUAGCACCUUGGUUAGUCACACGCUUUAAUGACAGUAAGGCAUACACUUUUGGAAAUCUAAAUGUAAAAUACAGUAUUGGUCAGUUGAAUAGAUAUUACAAUCUUCUAUAUUUACAUUGUUGGAAUGAAUAUUUUAUGAACUGGACUUCUCCUGUAUUUACACUCUAUGACAGAGGAGCGUUAAAUGGAGAGACCUGAAGGUGUGUAGAAUUACAGAUAAAUUUAAGAACACUCAUGGUUAACUUUCAGCAAAUUACAGCACAGCAUCGAACGGAAAAUCAAUAUAUAUUUUAAAAUGUGCUUCAGUGGAACUUCUUACACCUGUCAACUGAUCCAAGUAAGGAUGUGGUUGGCCAUUGAUCAGGAAUCUAAAGUUUUGUUCUCUCUUUAUUAAAAACAUCCUCAGUGUUGUUUACUGAUGCUUUCACUAUCACUUCUCUCUCUUACUCCCCUCUAUCUGUCUUUCCAGACCCAACUCGGUCAAGGCAUGAU